AUGGAGGAAGGCGGUGAUGUGCUUUCGCACAUUAACAAGAUGAUUACAUUGGUGGAACAACUCGACGCGGUGGGAACUCCGGUCAACAAAGAAGACCUGGUAAUCACGCACCUUGGAAGCUUAAGCGAGUCAUUUGCAUUUCUCAUUACAGCUUUGGAUUCAAGAGCCGACUCGCUGUCGUGGGAACUGGUGACAUCCAGGCUGCUAAAUAAGUACAUGAAGCGCAAGGAGCGAGGCAGUUACGGGGUCGCUGCAGGUCAAGCGUUCAUGACAGGUGAGAAGAAGCGUAGUGGAAGGCCAUUCAAAAUGACUGACGCGUUCAAAUACUGCGUGAAAUGGGUCAUUGUAUCGCGGAAUGCGCCUCGCGGAUCCCUGACAACGCGGACCGGCAGCUUCCGCAGCGUGCGAAUGUGGCGCACAAUCAAAAUGAAAACUUUAACGAAUUCCCGUUUGCAGCUGGAUUGGAGAGCAACGACGAGUACAACGUCAAGAAGUUAG